AUGUUUAAGGUGAAGGAGUGGCUGUGCCUGAACUGUCAGAUGCAGAGAGGACUAGUAGGAAUGGAAGAUCCAGAACAUCCCAUGAUGAAACCCAAACCGUCACCCAACCAAGUCUCAGCUCCUGCUGCUCCUCAAAAGAAAGACACUCCAACAUCAUCUGGUCCCCAUAAAGUGGCCACUGCACCAGCUUCACCCAAAAAAGAGCCAUUGACUCGAGCCUCUCAGCCUGUCCCCUCAAAACGUGAAGAGUCAGUGUCUGGGAAGAUGUUUGGCUUUGGCUCUUCCAUCUUCAGCUCUGCCUCCACGUUGAUCACCUCAGUUGUUCAGGAUGAGCCCCGCACCACACCYCCAGCUUCCCCCAAGGUGUCUGCAGCAGCCCAGGCCUCUCCCAAGAUGCCCCCUGCCAAGCAGACCAAACUACCUGCUGCUCUGAGAGCAGAGGAGAAGAAAGCAGAGCAACCCCAGCAGGCCAAGGUCCCCCCAUCAGGAGAAGCAUCCUCCCAACCAGCUCCCAAAGCAGGCCAAUCUACCUGUCCACUCUGCAAGGUGGAACUCAACAAGGGAUCCAAGGACCCUCCCAACUACAACACCUGCACCGAAUGCAAGAACACUGUCUGCAACCUCUGUGGAUUUAACCCCAUGCCACAUGAAACAYAGGUGAAGGAAUGGCUGUGUCUGAACUGCCAGAUGCAGAGAGCUCUUGAAGGAAUGGAAUCUCCUGGACCUACCAUGAUUAAACACUCGAUCAGCAAAGUCUUGACACCUGUUGCUCCUCAAAAGAAGGACACUCUCACCCCUGCUGGUGUUCCAAAAGUGGCCACUUCACCAACCUCACUGAAAAAGGAGCCAGUGACUCGAGCCUCUCAGCCUGUCCCCUCAAAGCCUGAAGACUCUGUGUCUGGGAAGAUGUUUGGCUUUGGCUCCUCUAUCUUCAGCUCUGCCUCCACUUUGAUCACCUCAGCUGUUCAGGAUGAGCCCCGCACCACACCUCCAGCUUCCCCCAAGAUGUKUGCACUGGCCCAGACCUCUCCCAAGAUGCCCCCUGCAAAGGAGACCAAACCACCUGCUGCUCUGAGAUCAGAGGAGAAGAAAGCAGAGCAACCCCAGCAGGUCAAUGUCCCCUCAUCAGUACAGACCAAAGUGGACAAACCCCCAUCAGAGCCUCCAAAGGGAGAAGCAUCCUCCCAACCAGCUCCCAAAGCAGGCCAAUCUACCUGUCCACUCUGCAKGGUGGAACUCAACAAGGGAUCCAAGGAUCCUCCCAACUACAACACCUGCACUGAAUGCAAAAACACUGUCUGCAACCUCUGUGGAUUCAACCCCAUGCCAAACGUUCCUGAGGAGUGGCUGUGUCUGAACUGUCAGAUGCAGAGAGCACUAGGAGGAAUGGAACCCCUUGGACCCCUCAUGAUGAAACCGUCUCCCAACAAGGUGUCUGCACCUCAAACGAUCGCUGUCACACCCAGUGCAGCCCAAAAGGAUAUUGCAACAGCUGCUGCAUCUGCAAAGAAAGACAGUCAAACCCCAGACUCCCCUCAAAGGAAACCAAUUCCCCCUGCAGCUGAAGUAUCAAAAGCUGAAGCUGCUAAAGCAGCAGACACUCAAAAUCUGGCAAGCCCAGUGCCUGCUCAGAAGGCUCCACUGGAGAACCGGAGAACAUCAGAACCUCCUAAACCACCACAGCAGCCCAGCCCUGGGCGUAGGCAGAGUAGUGCCAUCCCAGCCACAAAGCAACCCCCCAAGCAGGAAUCCGGAGGCUUAUUUGGCUUUGGAGGUCCUAAAUCCCAGUCUGCCUCCUCAAAGCCUGAAGAGUCAGUGUCUGGGAAGAUGUUUGGCUUUGGCUCUUCCAUCUUCAGCUCUGCCUCCACUUUUAUUACAUCAGCUGUUCAGGAGGAGCCCCACACCACACCGCCAGCUUCCCCCAAGGUGUCUGCACCUGUUGCACCUCAAAAGAAGGAGACUCACACACCAGUUGGUCCCCAAAAAGUGGCCCCUACUAUAGCCUCAACCAAAAAGGAAACCGUGACCCCUGCUUCAAUGAAAGAGAAGAACGCACCAGAACCAGGCUCGCCACAGAAGAAGCAGGUUUCUCCGGCAGUGGCUUCACAGCAAGACCAGAAGCCAGUAGACAAACCACCUCCAACCCUUGUCCAACAACCUCAACAACAGAAGACUCCCAAACAACAAGAACAGCCUCAGCAGCCCUCAGCAGGGGCACCAAAAUCAGAGCCUGAUAUAUCAAAUGAUAAAGUUGCAAAAGCAGCAGACACUCAAAAACAUGCAAGCCAUGGGCCUGCUCAGAAGGCACCACAGGGGAACCGGAGAACAUCAGAACCUCAUAAACCACCACAGCAGCCCAGCCCUGGGCGUAGGCAGAGUAGUGCCUUCCCAGCCACAAAGCAACCCCCCAAGCAGGAAUCAGGAGGCUUAUUUGGCUUUGGUGGUGCUAAAUCUGAAUCUUUCCCCUCAAAGCCUGAAGAGUCAGUGUCUGGGAAGAUGUUUGGCUUUGGCUCCUCCAUUUUCAGCUCUGCGUCCACUUUGAUCACCUCAGCUGUUCAUGAGGAGCCCCGCACCACACAGCCAGCUUCCCCCAAGGUGUCUGCAGCAGCCCAGGCCUCUCCCAAGAUGCCCCCUGCAAAGGAGACCAAACCACCUGCUGUUCAGAAAGCAGAUGAGAAGAAAGCAGAGCAACUCCAGCAGGCCAAGGUUCCCCCAUCAGUACAGGCCAAAGUGGACAAACCCCCAUCAGAGCCUCCAAAGGGAGCAGCAUCCUCCCAACCAGCUCCCAAAGCAGGCCAAUCUACCUGUCCACUCUGCAAGGUGGAACUCAACAUGGACUCCAAGGAUCCUCCCAACUACAACACCUGCACAGAAUGCAAGAACACUGUCUGCAACCUCUGUGGAUUUAACCCCAUGACACAUGUUACAGAGGUGAAAGAGUGGCUGUGUCUGAACUGCCAGAUGCAGAGAGCACUAGGAGGAAUGGAACCCCCAGGACCUCCCAUGAUGAAACACCAACCCUUGCCCAGCAAGGUCUCUACACCUGUUGCUCCUCAAAAGGAGGAUGCUGCAUCUGCUGAAUUUCAAAACGAAAAGGAGACUACCACACUUGCUGCACCACAAAAGGAGGCUCGUUUGCCAGCCUCAUCCAAAAUGUCACCACAAAAGAAAAAGGAUCCUGCACCACCAGGUGUGUCCCUUGUGAAUGAGGUCCCGAUCCCAGCUUUACCUGUCAAUAAGGUUUCUGCCUCUCUCAUCAAGGAGGCACCAACACCUGCCUCAGCUCUCACCAAGGAGGAGCCAUCUCCUGCCUCAGCUCUCACCAAGGAGGAACCAUCUCCUGCCUCAGCUCUCACCAAGGAGGAACCAUCUCCUGCCUCAGCUCUCACCAAGGAGGAACUAUCUCCUGCCUCAGCUCUCACCAAGGAGGAACCAUCUCCUGCCUCAGCUCUCACCAAGGAGGAACCAACUCCUGCCUCCCCUCUCAUCAAGGAGGCACCAACUCCUGCCUCAGCUCUCGCUAAGGAGGAACCAACUCCUGCCUCCUCUCUCAUCAAGGAGGCACGAACUCCUGCCUCAGCUCUCACCAAGGAGGAACCAACUACUGCCUCCCCUAUCACCAAGGAGGAACCAACUACUGCCUCCCCUAUCAUCAAGGAGGCACUAACUCCUGCCUCAGCUCUCACCAAGGAGGAACAAACUCCUGCCUCCCCUCUCAUCAAGGAGGCACCGACUCCUUUUUUACCAUUCUCCAAGGAGGUGCGUGCAUCACCUCUCACCAAGGAGGCACCACCCCCAGCCUCACCCCAAAAGAAGAAGGAACCUCAACUGCCAGGGUCACCAGACAGAAAGUUGGCCCCAAAACCAGAUUCAACGCAAGAUAAAGAGGCUGUUCCAUCUGGUUUACCUCUGAAGAAGGAAGCCCCACCUUUGGGAGCAGAAGAAACUAAAGAGGUCCAAGCUCCAGCUGAAAUACAGAGCAAAGAGGCCCCCAUUCCAGGUUCACCCAAAACAAAAGAUACUCCAACAGUUCAUACCCUACUUAAAAAAGAGGCUUCAUCUAUUGAGAUCUCAAAUGACAACCAGAAACCUGCAAUUGUUCAAAAGUCAGUGGAGCAAUCAGCGACACCUACAACCAAGCAGAACGAGACUGUUCAACCUUUACAGCAGCCAGAAAAUCAAAUGCCUGCGCGGGAACAGCUGGCUACACAGCCCCUGCCACAAGUACAGCUUCAGGAAACUCCAAAGCCAGACCCUAAAAUCAAUUCCCCAAAGCAGGAGCCUGGGAAACCAGCCAAUCCAGCACCUGCUCAGAUGUCACCACAGAUGCCAAGAACAUCAGAACCUCAGACACCACCACAGCAGUCCAGACUUCCUGGGCGUAGGCAGAGUAGUGCCAUCUUAGCAACACAGCAACCCCCCAAGCAGGACUCAGGAGGCUUAUUUGGCUUUGGAGGUCCCAAAUCUCAGUCUACCUCCUCAAAACCUGAAGAAUCAGUGUCUGGGAAGAUGUUUGGCUUUGGCUCCUCUAUCUUCAGCUCUACAUCCACUUUGAUCACCUCAGCUGUUCAGGAUGAGCCCCGCACCACACCUCCAGCUUCCCCCAAGGUGUCUGCACUGGCCUCUCCCAAGAUGCUGCCUACAAAGGAGACAAAAGCACUUGCUGUUCAGAAUGCAGAAAAGAAAGCAGAGCAACCCCAGCAGGCCAAGGUCCCCCCAUCAGUACAGGCCAAAGUGGACAAACCCCCAUUAGAACCUCAAAAGGGAGCAGUAUCCUCCCAACCAGCUCCCAAAGCAUACCAGUCCACUUGUCCACUCUGCAAGGUGGAACUCAACAUGGGAUCCAAGGACCCUCCCAACUACAACACCUGCACGGAAUGCAAGAACACUGUCUGCAACCUCUGUGGAUUUAACCCCAUGCCGAAUGUUACAGAGGUGAAGGAGUGGCUGUGUCUGAACUGUCAGAUGCAGAGAGCACUAGGAGGAAUGGAAUCUCCUGGACCUACUAUGAUGAAACCCUCGCCAAACAAAGUCUCCACAUCUGCUGCUCCUCAAAAAUACACUGUCGCACCUGUUACAACUCGAAAUGAGACUCCCACACCAGCUGGUCAACAAAAAGUGGCUCCUACACCAGCCUCACCCAGAAUAGAGCCAGUGACUUCAGCCUCUCAACCCGCUCCCUCAAAGCCUGAAGAGUCAGUGUCUGGGAAGAUGUUUGGCUUUGGUUCCUCCAUCUUCAACUCUGCAUCCACUUUGAUCACCUCAACUGUUCAGGAUGAGCCCCGCACCACACCGCCAGCUUCUCCCAAGUUUGCUAUACCUGUUGGACCUAAACAGAAGGAGACUCCCAGACCUGCUGGUCCCAAACAAGUGGGCCAUAAAACAGCCUCACCCAAAAAGGUGUCAAUGACUCCUGCUUCAGAGAAAGACAACAAGACCCCAGCACCAGGCUCACCACAGAAGGAGGCAUCUCCAGCAAUGGCUUCACAGCAGGACCAGAAGCCAGUGGACAAACCAACUACAACUCUUGUCCAACAACCUACGCAGCAGAAGACUCCACAACAACAAGGCCAGCCUCCUCGGCCCCUAGCAGAGCCUUCGAAGCCUCAGCAACAGCUUCCAAAAGGUGGAGCCUCUAAUGCCAAAACUGUACCAGCACCACAGGCCCAGCCCACCAAGCAGGAGUCAGGAGGCUUCUUUGGCUUUGGUGGUGCUAAAUCUCAGCCUGCUCAGUCAAAGCCUGAAGAGUCAGUGUCUGGGAAGAUGUUUGGCUUUGGCUCUUCCAUCUUCAGCUCUGCGUCUACUUUGAUAACCUCUGGUGUUCAGUAUGAGCCCCGCACCACACCGCCAGCUUCCCCCAAGGUGUCUGCACUGGCCCAGAUGUCUCCCAAGAUGCCCCCUGCAAAAUACACCAACCCGCCUGCUGCUCAAAAAAUAGAGCAACCCCAGCAUGCCAAGAUCCCCCCAUCAGUACAGGCCAAAGUGGACAAACCCCCAUCAGAGCCUCCACAGGUAGCAGCAUCCUCCCAUCCAGCUCCCAAAGCAGGCCAGUCCACCUGUCCACUCUGCAAGGUGGYACUCAACAAGGACUCCAAGGAUCCUCCCAACUACAAUACCUGCACAGAAUGCAAGAACACUGUCUGCAACCUCUGUGGAUUCAACCCUAUGCCACAUGAAACAGUAAGUAAAGAUGGACCAACCAAUUCCAGCCACACCCAAAACCAGUGGAGCUGCUACACCUGUACAGCAGCCAGAAAAGCAAACUCCUCCACGGCACAGCCUGCUACAAAGGCAUCACAACAAGUACAGCCCCAGCGAGCUCCAAAGCCAGACCUCGAAACUGCUCCCCUAAAGGAGCCAAUGACUCCUGCUUCAGAGAAAGAGAAGAAGAACCCAGCACCAGGGUCACCACAGAAGGAUUUAUSUCCAGCAGUGGCUUCACAGCAGGACAAAACGCCAGUGGACAAAUCAACUCCAACCCCUGUCCAACAUCCUCCACACCAAGAGACUCCACAACAACAAGAGCCACAACCUCAGCCUCUAACAGGGACACCGAAAGGAGAGCCCGGGAAGCCUCAACAACAGCUUCCAAAAGGUGGAGCCUCUUAUGCAAAAUCUGUACCACCACCACCACCACCACAGGCCCAGCCCACCAAGCAGGAGUCAGGAGGCUUCUUUGGCUUUGGUGGUGCUAAAUCUCAGCCUGCUCAGUCAAAGCCUGAAGACUCAGUGUCUGGGAAGAUGRUUGGCUUUGGCUCCUCUAUCUUCAGCUCUGCCUCCACUUUGAUCACCUCAGCUGUUCAGGAUGAGCACCGCACCACACCUCCAGCUUCCCCCAAGGUGUCUAUGACUCCUGCUUUAGUGAAAGAGACCCCASCACCAGGCUCGUCACAGAAGAAGGAGGUAUCCCCGACAGUGGUCUGCCAGCAGGACCAGAAGCCAGUGGAKAAACCGACURCAACACUUGURCAACAACCUCCACAACAGAAGACUCUACAACAACAAGGACAGCCUCCGCAGCCCRCAGCAGAGGCACCAACAUCAGAGCCUGAUAUYUCAAUAGUUGAYGCUGCUAAAGCAGCAGACACUCAAAAUCCGGCAAGCCCAGUGCCUGCUCAGAAGGCUCCACUGGAGAACCYGAGAACAUCAGAACCUCCUAAACCACCACAGCAGCCCAGRCCUGGGCGUAGGGAGAGUAGUGCCUUCCCAGCCACAAAGCAACCCCCCAAGCAGGAAUCAGGAGGCUUAUUUGGCUUUGGAGGUCCCAAAUCUCAGUCUGCCUCCUCAAAGCCUGAAGAGUCKGUGUCUGGGAAGAUGUUUGGCUUUGGCUCUUCCAUCUUCAGCUCUGCCUCCACUUUGAUAACCUCAGUUGUUCAGGAUGAGCCCCGCACCACACCGCCAGCMUCCCCCAAGAUGCCCCCUGCAAACYAGACCAAACUACCUGCUGCUCAGAAAGCAGAGGAGAAGAAGGCAGCGCAUCCCCAGAAGGCCAAUGUCCCCUCAUCAGUACAGGCCAAAGUGGACAAACCCCCAUCAGCGCCUCCAAAGGGAGCAGCAUCCUCCCAACCAGCUCCCAAAGCAGGCCAAGACUCCAAGGAUCCUCCCAACUACAACACCUGCACAGAAUGCAAGAACACUGUCUGCAACCUCUGUGGAUUUAACCCCAUGCCACAUGAAACAGUAAAGGAAUGGCUCUGUCUGACCUGCCAGAUGCAGAGAGCACUUGGAGCAAUGGACCCCCCAGAACCUCCCAUGAUGAAAUCCCAACCGUUGCCCAGCAUAGUCUCUACACCUGUUGCACUUCAAAAGGAGAAUGYCACACCUGCUGCAUCUCAAAAGCCGACCCCAGCUCCAGCKAAACCCCAGAAGGAGGAGAUCCCAGUWCCURCGGCUGGCCAAAAAGAGAUCACUCCACCCACUGUAACUCAGGAGACACCAUUUCCCGCUGGAACCCCAGCACCAAAUGCAGACAAAAAGGAGGAGACCUCAGCACCAGGAUCCACACAAAAUAAACAUAUUCCAACCGCUGUGGCUGCGAUGAAGAACCAGGAACCUACAAUUAUUCAGAAACCAGUGGACAAACCAUUUCCAGCCACACCCAAAACCAGUGGAGCUGCUACACCUGUACAGCAGCCAGAAAAGCAAACUCCUCCACUGCAACAGCCUGCUACAAAGGCCCCACCUCAAAUACAACCCCAGCCAGCUCCAAAGCCAGACCCCAAAACUGCCCCCUUAAAGCAGGAGCAUGGACAUCCUCCACAACAGCUUCCAAAAGGAGGGAGCUCUCCUGCCAAUCCUGUACCGGAGCCACAUGCCCCACCCGCAAAGCAGUCAGGAGGCUUCUUUGGCUUUGGUGGUACUAAAUCUCAUCCAAAGCCUGAAGAGUCAGUGUCUGGGAAGAUGUUUGGCUUUGGCUCUUCCAUCUUCAGCUCUGCAUCCACGUUGAUCACCUCAGCUGUUCAGGACGAGCCCGCUUCCCCCAAGGUGUCUGCAGCAGCACAGGCCUCUCCCACGAUGCCCCCUGCAAACAAGACCAAACUACCUGCUGCUCUGGGAUCAGAGGAGAAGAAAGCAGAGCAACCCCAGCAGGUCAAUGUCCCCCCAUCAGUACAGACCAAAGUGGACAAACCCCCAUCAGAGCCUCCAAAGGGAGCAGCAUCCUCCCAACGAGCUCCCAAAGCAGGCCAAUCUACCUGUCCACUCUGCAAGGUGGAACUCAACAAGGGAUCCAAGGACCCGCCCAACUACAACACCUGCACAGAAUGCAAGAACACUGUCUGCAACCUCUGUGGAUUUAACCCCAUGCCACAUGGAUCAGAGAUACAGGAAUGGCUGUGUCUCAACUGCCAGACCCAGAGGGCUCUCUCUGGACAACUGGGAGACAUGGGAAAGAUGGCCCAGCCCCAACCCAUCAAGACCCAGGCCCAGCCCACACCACUCCCUGUAGUCGCAACCACCAAGACAGAGCCACAGCCUCCAGCAGCAGCAAGCAGCAAGGCCCAGCCUUUCCCUAAAACACAGCCCCCAUCCCAGGCUGUCACCUCAGUGCCCACUCCGCCUACACCAACACCUGGCCUUGCACAAAUGGAGCUGGAACCAAAGAUAGAAGUCCCCAAGGCUGAAGCUCCCAUGACGGUCGCCAAGGCUGAGGCUCCUGAGACGGAAGUCCGUAAGGUGGAGAUCACCAAAACAGAGGCACCAAAAAUGGAGCCUUCUGUGGCAGAGUUUCCUAAGGCUGUGCUGCCUAAACCUGUACCACCUAAAUCUGAACCACCCAAAACUGAUGCUCCAGCAGUAGCUGCUCCAGUUGCCUCUGUCCUAGUGACUGAGGCCAUGACUCCUCCUGCUCCUCUGUCCACCACAGUGGCUACUGCUGUUGCUGUCACUCCAGCCACUGUGGAGGAGAAGCCAGAGGCUGAGGCUCAACCAACAGAGCUACCUAAACCAGCAGAGGAGAAGGUUGAGAAGCAAGCGAAACAACAGGAACCGCUUUAUGUUGCUCCACAACCAGUCCAAACUGAUACUAUCAAGGAAGUGGCCACUCCAUUGGUUGAAAAGGUGGAUGAUGUCCUUCCUGAACCUCAGCAAAUACUCACUGAGAAGGAGACUGUGAAGGAGAAGGAGAAAGAGCCAACUGCAGCCUCCCUCCUAGCAGGCCAGGUAGUAGCUGAGGUACCAUCCAGCCCAGCCAGUUCAUUUGAGGCUGACAUCAAGCCUGAGGACUAUAGUGACAAGAGCCAUGAUGGACCAGACAUAUUUCCCAUCUCACAGGGCUCCUACACCUCCGAGGGGGAGCUGGAUGAGUUGCAGACAGUCAGAGAUGUCCCUAUCAUGGACACAACCCCUGACACAGCCAUGCCUGCCAAGGAGGAGGGGAAUGGGGCAAAGAGGCUUCUGAGUUAUGUGCCGAUGGAGGAGAGCAGCGGGAGCGAACCCUCUCCCUCGCCCAAGCUCCAGAGACGGAGGUUAAGUGCGAUAGCGGUCAGCACGGCAGCCUCAUCCAGCAGCGAGGACUACAAAGAUGACAGCCCUACAGACAGCCCUCCAGACAGCCCAGACUCAUUCGUGAAUGAGGAGGAGUUAAUACGCAGGCAGAUCAUGGGGAUGAUGGGAGAGGAGGAGAUGUCUCUCUCAGAGGAGGAGGGAAAAAAAGAGAAAGAGAGCAGAGUUGAGGAGACCAUGGAUGCUGUGGUGGAUAACACAUCAUGUAAAGCCAAGACUCUGUUAAAAAAAGGCAGUAUAGAUGAUGAAGACAGCCCAGCCAGGAUACCUUCUCUGCCAUGGUCUGAGCCUAAAUCUAUUGUAGAGAGUGCUGAACUCACUGAGGAAAUCCCUGUGUAUAAGAAAGCCAUGCCCAUGAUGCCGCAGAGAACGAAGAGCAUGGACGAUGGGGAUUCAGAGGUGGAGAGCAUCACAGAUUCUCUGGAGGACAGGUCCAAAGGUGAGGGGUCAUCCAGCGUCCAAGUGUCCAGCUUCACACCUGGAACCUCCCCCACCUCAGCCUCUUCUCUGGAGGAGGACAGCGACAGCAGCCCCAGCCACAAGAGGAGUGGGGAGGGGAAACAGCCCCGCAAGGCCAAGCACAGGCAUUCCGGCCAGCCAUUCCCCACCAUCGAGGACUCGUCAGAGGAGGAGGAGCUCAGGGAGGAGGAGGAUCACCUCAAGGAGCAGGAUAAACCGAAGGAUUCGGACCAGCAGCAGGGGAAGAGGAUCUCCAAGAAGUCGAAAAGGGAUAAAGAUGAUCUCCGAGCUCAGAGGAGAAGGGAUCUCCCUCUAACCUCACCCUGUAACCUGUCUUCCAUUGAUGAUGCCUCACCCACUGAGGAGGCAAGGCAGGCUAGGGAGAUGGAAGCACUUCACAGGACAUCAGUCUCUGACUAUUUUCCUAGCAUGGAGUCUGAUUCAGACGCCUUUCACACAGAGACCAGGAUAGUUGUCCCUAAAGGACAAAAGUUCAGUACUGCAAAGCCACUAAAGAGUGCAGAGRAUGAAUAUGAGGAGAUGCUUCAGAUAGCUAGAUCUCCUAAAGGAGAGACAGAGCCAUUCCCUGAGAUAGAGCCACUCUACGGAGGCAUGGCCAUAGAGGACUACCUCUACGAAUCCCUAGUGGAGGAGCCUGAAGCUAAACGUACUUCAGCCCGACCGGAGCAGCCCAGUAAAGACCCCGCUAAAGAGCCGGGGAAGAAAGGUUUGAGGUCUCCUGAAGAGGUGUAUGAGGAGAUGAUGCUGAAGAAGAAGGAACUGAUGUUGAUAGAGCAGGAGUUUCAGAAGGUUCAGUCAGCUAUCAACACUCCAAAUCCUGAGAUACAUGUUACUGCACCAUCCUCUGCUGCAGCUGAGAGCUGCAGAGUUGGUGAGGCCGAGGGAGAGAAGCCUAUGUUAGAUGCUGGUUCUACCUACGUUAAGAGGAAGAAACGUCCUGCUCCACCACGGCCCUCUGAACCUCCUAAACGGCCUGAGGUAGACGUUGCCAAGCCAACAGUUCCUCAGGAUAUGACUAUGAGGAGGGCUCUUUUCCCUAUACCGGACUUGAAGAUCACCCAGUGUUCCUCUGGAGAGGAUGAGACGGACGAUAGUAUAAUAGAGGAGUAUGGAGUGGGAGUGUCCUCUGAUAUUACCCCUAUUUAUGAGUCUGACACUAAAAAAGAGUCCACUUCAGUUUCAGAGCAUGCACCAACAACAGAGGUAGCUGACAUUGAACCCAUCACUGUGGUGUGUGAGGUUUCCCCAGCUACAGCUACUCCAGGUCCUGUCUUUGCCCCUGAGACAGUUCUAGCCUCCAGUACGACCACCACACCUUCACAGGUCUCUCCAGUAUCAUCUCCCACCUCACCAUCGACUCCAGACUCAAGUCUAGCCUCCAAUGCUACGUCCUCCUCCUCUUUCCAAGCUCGAAGUCCUCUCUCUUCCGACUCUACUGCAGUGUCUACUCCGACACCAGACUUGGCCAAAGCAGCAGGUCCCUUUGCAGCUCAGCCGCCUAUUGAUAUCUCCCCUCCUUCUAUCGCUCCCAUUAUGGCUGUUUCUCCAACCACAGUUUUGGUCACAAUACAAGAUGUGGUGAAAGAUCCAACCCAAGCACCAACACCAGCUACAACUACAGCCGAUGCUACAGCUUCUCCAGCCCAAGCCCCAGCCCCUGUCUCAACCCCUGUCUCAGCACCUGCCUCAGUGGUGGUACAGAUACCUGAUCCAUAUGCAGUCCAAAUGCCAGACCUGGUUAAAUCUCCAUCCCAGAUGGCUGCUCAGGUUCUACCUUCUGUGCAGGUCAGAGCACAAACUCCAAUACCAAGCCCAGUACAUUCUCAAGCACAAUCUCCAGUCCCAGCUGCUCCUAGUGCUGUGCCAACUCCAGUCUCUGCUCCAACUCCUGCCCCAGCUCCAGUUGUAGUCCAAAUGCCAGACCUGGUUACCAUCACCUCUCCAGUUUCACCCCAAGCCCCACUACCUGUGUCAGCCCCAGCUCCUGCCCAGGCUACAGUGGUGCAUUCAGUUCCUGUCCAGGCUGCUGCUCCAACCCCAGUAGUAGUACCAGCUGUAGGGACACCCCGAAUCCAGAGACAAGCCUCCACCAAAAAAGCCCCACCUCCUCCUCCACCUCGCUCUAUGUCAGUCUCCCUGCCCCAGACCUCAGCAGAGCCUAACUCAAUCAGGGCUGUCCAACAUGUCUCCCCGACCAUGACCACCGCUAUAGCCAUUGGAGCAGGUCUGCCUAGCCAGCCCAUACAGUCUGUGGUGGUGGAUAUACAGCCACAGAUGGAGCAUGUCAGGCCAAAGGGUGGUGCUGGCCCUCAGGUCAUGAUGACCCCAACCAGACAGGGGCAUGUGGUCAUCAUAGUUCCUAAUGUGGAGAACAUGUCGGUGCUCAGCCAGUCGACCCAAGACCUUGUGGCAUACUCAGUGGCAAUAACUACCACUUCUACUGUUGAUAAAGGCAGUAGUCUGAUGGCAGCAGGGCCUGUGGUUGUGAGUGUUGCUCCUUUCCCUACUGCUCCCUCUGUUCCUGCUGUACCCAGCUCAGACAUAUGUAUACCUGUGUCAGAUACACCACCACCUCCACCUCCUCCCACUCCUCCACCACCUCCUGCCACCUUACCCAAGCCAGCGGUUUAUCCCAAAAAGCCUUCUGUUUCCACCCCACCUUCAGUCCCAACCACAGUACCAGUCUCAACUGCUGUGACAAUGGCACAGGCAACUGUAACAACCACAGGCCCCAGUCCAGUACACAAGGCAUCUGCACCCCCUCCAGUCCCUCCCAAGCCUGUGUCCAUCCCUGCAGGGCUGGUGUUCAGCCACCGUCCAGGGGAAAGCAUCAAACCUCCAGUGGUUCCCACCGCUAGCCACACACUUCCCAGGACCAGAGAAGUGGUACCAAAUGCCAGCAUAGCAAAGCCAUUCACAGCCACAACACUGCCCAGGACCAGAGAACCUCCCAAUGCCCUGUAUCUGAGUCUGACCACCCCAGUGGAGCCCAAGAUGAGUGCUGCCUCGCCCAGGUCCCCUCUGUCUCCGAGGUAUGCCAAUUGUCUGGAAACGUAUGUGGUGAUAACGCUUCCCUCAGAGCCUGGCACACCCACAGAGGGCAUCACUGUCCAAGCCCCCAUCAGGAGAGGAUCCAUCCCCUCCACUAUGCAGACAUGCCCAAGGGAUAGGACUACACCUUCAGAACAACAGUCACCCAUUACGGCCUUCUCAGCCCAGGCCACUGUCAGGAGAGCGUCAGUUCCCUCAUUGAGGCAGCUGCCACCACCAACAGCAGCAAUAGUACCAGUCGAAGUAGCAGCACCCCUAGAGGGAGUCACUGCAAAAGCAAGGCAGCCUUCCAUGCCAUCAGCUAUGCAGCCUCCACACGGUGUGGCUGAGGUGGUUACCAUUUCAGCAGGGUCAGAGAUGCCUAUUCAGGUACACAGUGUCAGAGCUCCAAUAAAGAAACCGUAUAUACCUCCAACAGCCCAGCCACAACAGAACGUGUCUGACGUUAGGACAAUGCCAUCAGAGCCACAGGUUCCUGUAGAAGUGUCUGCAGCUCAAGCUUCUGGUAGAAGGGCAUCAAUACCUGAUGUACCUCAGCAGCCACAAUAUGUGGCUGCUUUACCAGCAAAGCAGGUCAUACCUACAGAUGUAGUUUCAACUGAGGCCAUGCCGGGAAGAGCAUCAAUACCAUCAGAAAUGCAACAACCACAAACCAUGGGAGAGUUAUUAGCAAUGUCCUUAGAAGCUUGCCCCCAACCAUCCAUCAGUCAGCAUAAGAGUGACAAUACCAUCAACAUGGAACAACCACAAACCAUGUCAGAGGUAGCAGCAAUGCACUUACAGCAGGACAUACCUACUGAAGCUAUUGCCAGCCAAGUCCAUGUAGAAGCUACACCCUCAACCAUGCAUCAGUCAGCAUCACUGAUAGAAGUGGUUUCAACUGAGGCCAUCUAUAGCCUCGCAUCAAUACCAUCACCAAUGCAGCAGCCACAAACCAUGGCAGAGGCAGCAGGAAUGCCCUUACAGCAGGAGAUACCAUCAAUAGCAUCAGCUGCACCGCAACCACAAGCAGUGGCCGAAGUGAGGACUUUGCAUUCAGAGUAUGAAAUGCCUACGGAAGUUAGAACAACUGAGGCCACUACCACUAGAAGGACAUCCAUAUACUCUGUAGCACAACAACCAUACACAUUGGCUGAAGUGAUGACUUACCCAUCAGAAUAUGAAACACCCAUCCAGGUGGUUACAACGGAGGCUAUUUCCACUACAAGAAGAGCGUCUAUAACCAUGCAGCAACCCCUUAGUAUGGCCCAGGUUAUCACAAUGCCUGCAGAGCCAGACGUAGAGGCAUAUGCUGCCCAAGUCCCAUACAGGAGAGGAUCCAUCCCCUCAGCAGUGCAACCACCACAGGCAGUACCAGAAGUGCUGAUUYAUUCUUCAGCGCAUGAGACCCCCCUGGAAUUCAUUACAAUUGAAGCCUACACCAGGAGAAUGUCAGUUCCAUCUAUCCAGGAGAUUCCCCAGACCGCCCCGGUGGCUCCAGUCACCAUCACCAGGAAAUUCCACCAUGAGUCAAUCGAGAGCCAGGAGAUCCAUGGGCCUGAAAAGGUGGUGAACAGCCUGAGCCACAUGUACUCCUCAUCUAUCUCCACCUCAGCCCAGCCCCCGGAGAGCCUGCCCAGCCUGGUCACUCAGGUGGUCACCACCGAGGUUCAGAGAACCACUGUGUCUUUGGUCCAUGAGAGGCUGCCCCAGGUUCCUGCAUCCAAUGGAGUGGCCAUCACCAUCCAGCCAGACUUGGUUAAAGUCCAGCCCUCUCCCAAACAGAACGGGAAGAUCUACUCCGGUGAUGCCAUUGACCUCCGCACCAUUAAGGUUGGCGUGAAGAUGACCGAUUCAGGGAUGGACUUGACGCCUCAGGAAUCAAGUCGCCAGUCCAUCUGUAGCAACUCUAGUGGCCGACAUACAGCAGUGCAGCCAGAGAUAGUGAACUUGAGUGCUGAGAUCACCCCUUCCGCUACGCUAUCUGUUGUCACUGAUAGCAUCACUAUCGUCACCUGUUCAGACACCAUUGAGUCCUACACCAGCGAGCCAGCAGAAAUACCUUUAGAUUUGCAGGGUUAUGUUGCCUCCAUGCCUCUCCCUCUCACCACAUACAAACCAUUCCAGCCUCUGGCACAGAUAGUGUACAGGCGGGUGGACUCUCCGCCUAUCAUCAACACAGUGUUAGCCACAGACACAGUGACACCAAUCAACCUGUCUUAUGGAGCCUCCAUGGUAAAUAGCAGACUUCCAGUGACCAUGGCCCCCGCUAUCACCAACGUGGGGGAUAUGCUCUCAGAGCCGGCAGGGGCUGUGGAUCUGUCCACCUCUAGACCCCUCAGGGCCAUGGUGGCUCUAUCUGACAAGAGCCCUGGUGUGGUGACCACAGUCAUAGAGGAUGAUGGGACACCCAUAGAUCUGACAGCUGGGAGGAAUGUGUGCUGUGAUGUCAUCUACAAGCUGCCCUUCACAGGGAGCUGUAGGACCCAGCCGCCGGUUAUUACCCAGCCUGACAACCGCUUCGGUUACAGAGACGACCACUACCAGUAUGAUCAUGCUGGGGUUUACGGCAUCAAGGGCCUGAACGGCAAGGCCAUGUCUGAGACCAACCUGGCAGAUGCAGGACUGUUCCUCUAUGAUGGAAAGACCAGAUAUAACUAUAACGGAGCCUCGGACAGUGCAAUAGACCUGACAGCUGCUAAUAUGUCCGCAGGUGAAGCUCUAGACUACACCAGUAAAGCUGCUGGGGCGUAUACGGGGAUAUCCACUGCUCCAUAUUCCCAGGUCCCUGCUUAUAGUGUCUUUAGAUCCUCAGACGGAAUGGUAUACUCCUCCAUAGCAGCCCCUGUUCCUUCUACAUACCCCAUCACCACUCAGCCAGGUUCCAUCUUCAGCACCACCCUACCUCCUACCACAACCCUCCAGGAGCAGCCAGCACCAGCUCCACAUCCCUAUGGCUUUAUUCCCACCAGCGACCCUGGCCAACAGAUCAUCAGCCUGGACACUAGCCUGCCCAAGGACCUGCUGCCCAGUGCUCUGGCUGACAUCAUGACUGGCUUCCCUGACCUGUACUCUGACCAGACACUGGAGGCCAUCGCAGCCUCUCUGGACGCCCUGGCUUCAUCGCCCAUGUUCCCCGGUCUGGAUGACAGCAAGAUCACCCAGUACCAGAUGGAGAGGGAGUUCCUGGAGCUGGAGAAGCUGAAGCAGCUGUGUCUGGCUGAGGAGCUGGAGUGGGAGAGGCAGGAGAUCCAGCGCUACCGUGAACAGGAGCAGAUCAUGGUGCAGAGGGAGCUGGAAGAGCUACAGGCUCUGAAACAACAACUGUUAAUGCAACAGGAAGAGGAGCACCAUGCGCAACUUAUAGCCCAGCAAGAGACCUACAACCAGCAGAGGCAACAGUUAGAGCAGAUCCAACAACUCCAGGUGCAGCUACAGCACCAGCUAGAUGAGCACUGCAGUACUACAGGGUCAGACAACCUGCUAGAGAAGCAGUAUACAGGGGUUGGGGAUAACGGCCAAUACUGGCCUGUUAGGGAUGAGUCCACCACCUCAUCCACUGUCACCCAGCUAGAGGGUGGGCAGUAUGUAACCAGCGAGGGUCAGAGAGAGGGUGGAGGUCAGGACCAGCUGCAGCUCAGUAGGAAACAACCAGCAGGGUCUAACCAGCCUGGGGACCAGGGGUAUGGUACAGGAGUGGUAGGGAAGAGGAUAGUGGACAGUGGGGUCCAGACAGACGAUGAGGACUCAGUAGACAGGAUGUAUGUAGGGAGGAGGAAGAGGAACAACAGGAGGGGUGUAGACAGCAGUGUUCAGACUGAUGAUGAGGAGGACCAAGAGGAUGAGUGGGACAUGCCAACCAGGUCGAGGCGGCGCUCCCGCUCCAGUAAGCACAGCGGUGAGGGGAAACACRGUGUCUCUAAGGUCUCCAGCAUUGCCAUCCAGACUGUUGCAGAGAUCUCUGUCCAGACCGACCACUCCGGGAGCAUCAAACGCCCCAGCAUCCAGAUGGACACUAAGGUGGAGAUCAUCAAACACAUCUCAGCCCCAGAGAACUCUCAGAGAGGUGGCAGUCUCAGCUGCCAGACAGACGCAGACCGGAGGCACCACUCACCGGCAGACAUCACCCCCAAGUCCCCCAAGGUGCUCUACUCCCCUGCGUCCACCCUCUCCUCCAGUAAGGCCAUGGAGGGAGGGCAAAAGAUGCCGACCACUGACCCGACCAGGUUUUCCUCCAGCCCUAGGAUGCUGAAGCCUGGACAGAAGUCUAUGUCUGACCCAAAAUCUCUCAGCCAUACCAUCGAGGACAGGAUAGGCUACCACUACUCAGACAGCUACUCUGGCCAGGGCUCUUCGUCAGGCACUGGAAAGAAGGUGAAGAGGACCCUUCCCAACCCACCCCCUGAAGAUGACCCUCUGACCGGCCCGUCAGGUUACAGCACCAACUCAACCCGCCGCCGGCUUGGCCGUCACACCACCAUGGCCCGGGCCAAGAUCCUGCAGGACAUUGACAAGGAGCUGGAUCUAGUGGAGAGAGAGUCAUCCAAGCUCCGCAGGAAACAGGCCGAGCUAGAUGAGGAGGAGAAAGAGAUUGAUGCCAAGCUGAGGUACCUUGAAAUGGGCAUCAACCGUCGUAAGGAUGCCCUGCUUCARGAGAGGGAGAAAAGAGAGAGGGCCUACCUGCAGGGUGUGGCUGAGGAGAGAGACUACAUGUCAGACAGUGAGGUCAGCAACAUCAGGGAGACCAGAGGKARCARCCACGGCCUGGAGAGACCCAGGACAGCUCCCCAGUCAGAGUUUGACCAGUUCAUCCCCCCUCAGACUGAGGCUGACUCUCAGUACUCCACUCUAACCAGUCCCUACUCCCACUACGCCCAGUAUGUCYCCCAGACCAAUGCCACCAGCCACUACCCACAGCAGACCCUGUACCAGCAACAGGCCCUCUACCAGCAGCACCCCUACCAAAGUCAGUCAGUCUACUCCUCUGUACCCAGCCUGUCCUACCCCCAGGCCUCCCACUCCCACCAGCAGGCCCAGUCCUCAGGCUACCAGUCCAAGAACACCACCAACUACGAGGUGAUCCGGAACCAGCCCAUCAUCAUUGUACCCUCCUCCAGCGAGGGUGGGUAUGGGGUGGGGAAGUACAACAGCCUGGAACUGAGGAUGGGUCUGGAGGAGAGGAGAAUGGCCUCCAGCCCCAUGUCUAAUAUAUCUACUGAGUCAUUCUACGCUGACAUCGACCACCACAACGCCAGGAACUAUGUUCUGAUAGAGGACAUAGAGCAGCUGACUAAAGGCUCUGCAGGGCUGGGGUCAGGAUUCAGCCUGCCUGAUAAGGACCUGUCCAAGGCUGACAGGCUGCUCCGAGCCGCUGAAGCCAGGCGUACUGCAGAGGUGGCUGCGUUCCUGGGUAACUCGCGUCUGCACAGCUACGGUAAAGGAGAGGAGGACUCUAUGGAAGAGCCCUAUGAGCUGAAGCUCCUGAAGCAACAGAUAAAGCAAGAGUUUAGACGAGGGACGGAGGGUCUGGAGCACCUCUCAGGCCUGGGCAUGCCCCAGUACCUCUCCACUGACCCCAGCUACAGACACUUCCCAAAGGCUGACAAGUACAGCAUCAGCCGGCUGACCUUGGAGAAACAAGCUGCCAAGCAGCUUCCUGCCGCMGUGCUCUACCAGAAACAGAUCAAGAACCAGAAGAAGGCAGCCCUGAUGGACCCCAAGAUAACAAAAUUCUCCCCCAUCCAGGAGAGCAGAGACCUGGAGCCAGACUACAGCAGCUUCCUGGGUUCUGGAGUCUCAUCUGUCACCAACCUGUCCACACGAGCCAGACUGCUUCAGGAUGAGAUCAACUUUGGCCUGAAGAAGAACCUCUCUGAGCAGCAGAAGUACCUGGGCUCCUCUCUGGGAACUAACCUGGCUGGCUCUCUGAGCCAAUCCCUUAGCCUGGGGGGACCCACCAUGAGGUCCACCCUACAGGAUGACACCACCUACCCCAGCGGCACGAGCUCUCGCCCUUCCUCACGACCCAAUUCCCGCCCCACUUCUGUCUAUGGCCUGGAUCUUUCCAUCAAACGGGACUUGUCCAGCUCCUCUCUCAGGCUGAGGAGCGAGGGAGAAGCCCUGGAUGCAGCGUUCGGCUCCGGGCUGGCCAGGACCAAGCCCACCAGCCUGCCCAUCGGGCGCAUCCCCAUCGUGGCUCAGAACUCAGAAGAGGAGAGCCCUCUGAGCCCGGUGGGAGAGCCGAUGGGCAUGGCCAGAGCCUCAGCUGGUCCUCUACCACCUAUCUCAGCUGACUCCAGAGACCAGUUUGGCUCCAGCCAUUCUCUGCCGGAGGUCCAGCAGCACAUGAGGGAGGAGUCCAGGGCUACACGAGGACAUAGUGGGGUCUACGACAGAGACAUAGCCUUCAUCAUGGAUGAUCUGGGGGGAGCGAUGUCUGACAGCGAAGCCCUAAAUGACUCCAUGCUGACACUGAACAGAGAUGAUCCCAGAAUCUUUCAUGAGAGUAUCAGACACGCCGGAGGCCCCAACUGGAACAUAGAAGCCUACCACCUGAGGAGGGAGGACACUGACUGGUUUGACAAGCCUGCAGAGAGACAACAUCGGGUAAACGGACAAGCUCUGGACAGGAGACAGAUGAAGUUGAUUCCCUAUGUGUAUCCUCACACCCGGAUCAAAGUACAGAGAGACCCCAAGGACAGCAGCGUUUCAGGGAAUGGCCUGGGGAUUCGUGUGGUGGGAGGGAAAGAGAUUCCUGGGAGUCGUGGUGAGAUAGGAGCUUACAUUGCCAAGGUUACGCUCGGGGGAGUGGCUGAACAGACAGGGAAAGUGGUGGAAGGAAUGCAGGUAUUGGAGUGGAACGGAGUUCCUCUGAUGGGGAAGACCUACGAGGAGGUGCAGUACAUUAUGAGUCAGCCGUGUGCAGAGGCAGAGCUCUGUGUCAGACUUGAUCUGAACAUGCUGUCUGACCCUGAUCACCCCCAGGCCCUGGAGAACCACGCCCAGCUGAAGCCUGGUAUGUCACCAGGUGUGGCAGCGUCUCCAGGAGUGGAUCCUAAGCAGCUGGCUGCAGAGCUGCAGAAGGUGUCCCAACAAACAGGCCCCUGGGAUGGGGAUGGGUGUGGGGGGCCAGUAGGGGUCCUUUCUGCCCUGGACCGCUCAGCUCGUGUACACUCAGAUGCAUCGGCCAGCUCUAGUGCCGUCCCCAGCCCCGGCCAGCCUGCCUCCCCAGCCAUCAACAAGAAACAACGCCACAGCGCCAAGUCAACAGCAGACGUGCAACUGCUGAAGCCUCAGCCUCGUCUUGCUGAGAACAAGAGGAGGACCAAGUACGUCCAGAGGAGUCUGAACCCAGAGUGGAACCAGACUGUCAUCUACAAGAACAUACACCUGGAACAGCUAAAGAAAAAGACUCUGGAGGUGACAGUGUGGGAUUAUGACAGAUCUUCCUCCAAUGACUUCCUGGGAGAAGUGUUGAUAGACCUGUCUAACACGUCCCAGCUGGACAACACUCCUCGCUGGCUGCCUCUGAAGGAGCAGAGUGAGAGCAUCGAGCACAGCAGAACCCACCACACCGCCCAGGGGCCUGGGGGGCCAGGAGCAGGGCCAGGACAGGGGUCCGUAGCGGGGCAAGAACCAGGACAGGGCAUGGGGCCAGGGAUGGGCCAAGGACAGGGACAGGGGCAGGGACAGAUGGGGGAGUGCCAUGAGUCUCCUAAGAACUCUGUGAUAAAGAGCAGGAGUCACGGGAUCUUCCCUGACCCAGCAAAAGACAUGCAGAUGGUGACUCUAGAGAAAUCCCACAGUAGUCCAGGCAGCUCUAAGUCGUCUUCAGAUGGCCAGCUUCGUUCCCACGGUCCAUCCCGCAGCCAGAGCAAGAGCAGCGUCACGCAAGCCCACCUGGAGGAUGCUGGGAUAGCUAUAGCUGCCGCCGAGGCCGCCGUGCAACAGUCCCGCCUCCAACCAAGACCAGGCCACAGGUUGGGGGAUGUGUCUGGGCCGGUGGUGUCCUCAGCCCCCAGUCUGAUGGAGGGGUAUGGGGGUCUGGAUGGAGACGAGGGGGCUGGCACAGGGGUGGACAGCGCCAUCUUCCAGGUCCCAUGCAUAGGGAAGAUCAUCCCCAACGGUCCUGACAAGUUUAGAGGACUGCCACUCUCGCUAUCAGACAGCGAGGGGGGUGGGGGUAAGACCCAGAUGAUGGGGGAAGACAAUGGAUGUCCACAGUAUCUCUAUGUGAAGCUGUAUGUGGUGAACGUGGCGACUCAGAAGAGGAUUAUCAAGAAGAAGACCAGAGUGUGUCGUCACGACAGAGAACCCUCCUUCAACGAGACCUUUAAGUUCAGCCUCAACCCCACCGGACACUCCCUGCAGUUGUUCCUGGUGUCUAACGGGGGUAAGUUUAUGAAGAAGACCCUGAUAGGAGAGGCCUACAUCUGGCUGGACAAGGUGGACAUGAGGAAGAGGGUGGUCAGCUGGCACAAGCUGCUGGUCAGCUCCACACACAACCAGUCAUGAGAGAUCAACUUGAGAGGACACCGAGGGGUCAACCAGAGGUCAGUGAAGAUCAAUGAAUACUCUUGGUCAAUGGCUGUUCUUUGUCAAGACGAGGAGGAGGAGGAGUUGAGUUACACAGUGCCCUUCAUCCCCUUUGUGUUAUUCUGUAUGAAAAGAAAAGAGAGGGUGAGGAGAAGAAGAGAUAAGAGGGAAGGAAGAGGGGUUGCGGGUACGGACAUGCCCAGAAAGAACUGAUCCUCCUAUUCCCUCUCCCACUGCCAUACAUGGACUGUACCCUGAUUCUUAAUUGGACCAAAGACUGUCAGAGACUGUACCCUGAUUGGAUAGACUGCCAGCACACACACACACACACACACACACACACACACGCACCGAGGAAUGAAGAAGUCCUCCGCUGUAAGAGGACACACACAUCUCACCACCUCUCAGCUCUCUGCUCGACAUGUCGGAUGCAAAACCUGACGUCAAACAGGACUGGGCAGCAAUAUCACAAAGAUAGUUACCAUGAUGGAACUAAUCAUUUCUGUUCUGUCUGGAUCUGAUACUGUUGUUUAUGGCUUAUCAGAUCAUUAUCAUUAUUGUGAUUGAUCUGUGAAAAUGUCAGUCAGUCAGUGAGUGGGGCUCAAAUUGAUGUAUUUGUUUGUGUGUUUUUGUCCUUGGCUGCUUGAAAAAGUAUGGAAUGUUUGUUGUAAAAUUCUAUUUAUGUUGUGUACAAAAAGUACAGUGCAAUUAUAUGGUUGAUAAGUAAUUAACGAAACCUGACCAUACCUGAACUCUCAAGUCCAGUAGGUGGCAGUAAUGUACCAUUACAGUUUGUUGCCAACAGCCAUAAAACUCCCACUUGACCUUACCUGGAUAGAUGUAAAUGUACAUUCAGAUUUAGAUAGAUAUAUGUCAGAAUAUGAAUCAUAUCAGAGACACAGUGUACAGAGAAAUCUUAUUUAUGACCAUAGAUACAUAAUUACAGAUGAUAUGAGGUGUCUCCUGUACAGUUUAUUCUAAAGACUACAUUCUGUACAGACAAGGGUAUGGAAGGAGCACAGACAAUCCAAUCCCUUUAGCUCUGGUGUUAUGCAGUUAUUCUGGGUGUUAUACAGUGGGAAAAUAGGAAAAUGCAGUUCAACUGGUGAAUGUAGAACUCAUAGCACAACUGAGACAGAGAGGAGAACUAGCACAUGGAUAUCCCUCCUCUUACAGGGGGGGAGAAGAGAACAGAUAGAAGAGAAUGUCAGGUCCCUUCCCUUCAAACUCAUGGCAGUCUGAUAUAUUGUGUUGUGAGAGAGUCCAUCCCAUAUACGGACAGCAGUGUGUAGGAAUCUUCCGUCCCCUCCCCUUAUUAUGUCCUGAAAGUUACUCACUGAGGAAGAUCACAUGAUUUUACUGGACCCAUCAGGCUGGUUAUGGUUUUGUGAUGUCUUACGCACAUGUGACUGGAGGCUUAAACAAUUGUUUUGGUUUGAGAGCAAAACCGAGAUUGCCCGCCACCUUGACCAACCUGCAAUCGGACAGAGGGAUGUGUAGCCUCUCUCUGGUGAAGUGCUCUGCUCCCGUGUUUGUGCUGCUGGGCUGCUCACCUAUUCUAUGUUAAAGCACCAGUUAGACACACCUGUCCUCUGCGUGUGUGACAUCACAGUCUGGUUCUGUAAAAAAUAAAGUUUGUUUAACAGAACACCCAACAUCUUGCUGUAAACAGUACACUGUAAACAGUACACUGUAAAUUGUACUCUGUAAACAGUACACUGUAAAUUGUACACUGUGCAGUCAGUGUCAGUGGAUGUAUUGUGACAACACAGUGAACCAGCCUUUGUCACUGCCUCUGAUCAAAGCUCUAAGUCAUUACCUAUGUCCCAGUCAUAACACGGGCAGGACACACUGAUACACACUGAUAUAGAGUCCAGAUCUAUAGGCUCAGAACCAUAUGGCGCUACUGUUGUUAGUAUAUUAUUAUUGUCAGUGAUCUAUAUAGUGGAUCAUAGUGAACAACAUCAUCAAGUGACCCUACAGAGCUAGUACUCUCAACCCUACUGUCAGUGUCUGAAGGCAUAUCACUGAGCAACUAGGGAGGACAGAUGCAAUUUCCUAAUAAAUGAAGUCCAUAUCAGAGGCUCGAAAUUCAGACACUGAGUCAAGAUGUCACAAAUGUUCAUAAGACAAAAAAAACGUGAUUUUAAAGAGGGUUAGUUUUACAGAAAAUGAUAUUGUCGUGCCAACCUUGUUUUGUAAGCAAACCCAUUGGUUGUGUUGAAGUCAUUCUAUGCAACAUAGACCUUGUGUUUGAAUGCAUUUUCUUAACAUGUAAUAUCAGUGAACAUUGUGUCUGAAAAUAUGUAUCUUAUGAAUAGAAUUUUAAUUUAUUUUGGUUUAUAUAUUAUUGAAGAAAAGGAUAAAAAAAUAGAGAGAGAUUUUUUUACUACUUAACAGCUGUUAUCAUAUACAUGAAGCUUGUGCACUUUAGUAUUACAUCGUUGACUGAUUUCCUUGUCCUGUGUAACGUGUCAUGACAUGCAAGUUGAAGUAUCUGUUCCAGUUAGUGUCUCCAUGUUGGGAUGAUGUUGAGUCAUGUUAUCUGUGCUGUAUGAAGACGUUCAGACACCACUCUUUUUGAUUUCCAAGGCAAUAGAAAAACUCAAAAAACAUCUACAUUCACAGACAAUUUAGGGUACAUAUUGCUUCACAAUGUACACAUCUAAGGAGACAUCAAUCUGUAUGUUUGAUACAACCACCAACAUGUAUGUAUAAAUCAAUGAUGAUGAGUCUGGGGAAAAAUAAUGAGAGGUUGUUUUCAAUGCCCAACUCCAGGACUGUCCAACAACCCUUAAUGGUCUCCUUACAUUUCCUUUAGCUAGAUAGUUAAUAUACAUUGUUCAUAAGUCCGUCGCUAGUAACCGUGAAACCAAUCAAACGUGUAUCUGUUGGGUGUGAAUGUGGCAGACUCAUCUGAUCUGUGUAAAUACAAAGUGUUUUUAUUUUCUACAGAGAUUGAUGAAUCAUAUUGUCUGAUGUUCGAGCAUGUGAGUGUAAAACAAAAACGACAAAAAACUCAAACCUGUCUGUCUGUCUGUCUGUCUGUCUGUCUGUCUGUCUGUCUGUCUGUCUGUCUGUCUGUCUGUCUGUCUGUCUGUCUGUCUGUCUGUCUCUAGUGGUGUGUGUGAGGUACUUAUGUGAUCAGACUCUAUUGUCAACCCAUGGGUGUCUGACUGUACAACCAUGUCACAGACGUCACCGAGCCAACCUGGAUGUUGCAUGUUUUGUUGAUGGUCUGUCAAUAUUUUUGCUUCCAGAUUAUGUUUAAAAAGAGAGAAUAUGUAUAGAUUUAUCGGAAAUUGUAUUCCGACUGUAUAAAGAUUAUGCUUGUAAAAUGGUCUUGUUUUCCAUUCAGUGUAAAAAUUGAGAUUCUAGCGUUCUGGUUUUGUGGUUGUACACAGGAUGUGUUGAGAUAUUAUUAUGCAAAAUGUGCUGUAAAAACCGGCUGUUUACCUAAAGUCUAAAGAAUAAAUAUAAAAAGAGAUUUAU